UCUCAAGAACUACGCGAAAAUGCUGGCUGUUCUGGCUUAUACGGUUUUGGCAGUUGGACUUACUCUUGUAGUCCCGUCAUACAUAUUCAUUUUUUAUGGAUUCAUGCGUCGCGUUGUUCAUCCAGUUAAAAAUAAAAAACCAGCUCUAUCAAAUGAGAUAGUUAAUCAAAAAUUUAAGCAAGCUCCAGGACCUCGACCUUGGCCCAUCAUUGGAAACCUACAUCUGCUGGAUCGCUAUAGAGAUAAUCCCUUCGCGGGAUUCAGCGAGUUGGCCAAACAAUAUGGUGAUAUAUACUCCCUGACUUUCGGACACACACGCUGCUUGGUGGUGAAUAAUUUGGAGCUGAUCCGUGAGGUGUUAAAUCAAAAUGGCAAAGUAAUAAGUGGCCGACCGGAUUUUAUACGAUAUCACAAAUUAUUCGGAGGCGAGAGGAGCAAUUCCUUGGCACUCUGCGAUUGGUCACAGUUGCAGCAGAAAAGGAGGAAUCUCGCCAGGCGGCACUGUUCGCCAAGGGAAUCCUCAGCCUUCUACAUGAAAAUGUCCCAAAUUGGCUGCGACGAAAUGGAGCACUGGAAUCGGGAGCUGAGGAGUCGAAUGAUUCCUGGAGAACCCAUUGAAUUGAAACCUCUGAUUCUGAAGGCCUGUGGAAACAUGUUUAGUCAGUAUAUGUGCUCUUUGAGAUUCGACUACGAUGAUGCGGACUUCCAGAUAAUGGUGCAGUACUUUGAUGAGAUCUUUUGGGAAAUCAAUCAGGGACACCCACUAGAUUUCUUACCUUGGCUGUAUCCCUUUUAUCAGCGGCACCUCAACAAAAUAGUCAAUUGGUCAUCGACCAUCAGGAAAGUUAUAAUGGAAAGGAUUAUUUGUCAACGGGAGCUGAAUAUCGAUUUGGAUGAACCAGAUAGAGACUUUACAGAUGCUUUACUAAAAAGCCUCAUUGAGGAUAAAGAAGUCUCUCGGAAUACGAUAAUAUUUAUGCUGGAGGACUUCAUCGGCGGACACUCGGCGGUGGGAAAUCUGGUGAUGAUGGUACUAGCCUAUAUUGCUAAGUAUCAGCAUAUAGGAAAACAAAUCCAGGAGGAAAUCGACGCCAUUACAACGGAGGAAAAAAGACAAAUAAGUCUUCUGGAUAUGAAUUCUAUGCCCUACACGAUGGCCACUAUUUUUGAGGUUCUACGAUAUUCAUCCUCUCCGAUUGUUCCCCAUGUGGCCACAGAGGAUACAGUUAUCUCUGGCUAUGGAGUAACAAAGGGCACCAUUGUGUUUAUCAACAAUUAUGUGCUAAACAACAGCGAUGAGUAUUGGGUCCACCCAAAAGAAUUCAAUCCAUUAAGAUUUCUGGAGAAACCAAACGAGCAAAGCCCAAAAAAUUCCAAAGGUUCCGAUUCGGGAAUUGAAAGCGAUAAGAAGAAACUACAGCUUCGGAAGAAUAUUCCCCAUUUCCUGCCUUUUAGCAUCGGAAAGCGGACUUGCAUCGGUCAGAAUUUAGUUAGAGGUUUCGGUUUUCUGAUUUUGGUUAACAUAAUGCAGAGAUAUAAUGUCAGCAGCAAUGAUCUGUCGACAAUUAAGAUCAGUCCAGAAAGUUUGGCACUGCCAGCAAAAUGUUUUCCAUUGGUUUUGACACCUCGGGAGAUUUGAAGGCAGUAAAAAGGAAUCGCAAUAAUAAAUGGACCUUCCUCAAAGGAGGCAAAUCUGAGAAAAUUGUAUACAUUCUAAAUUAGCAUAUCUUUCAAAAAAAAUGUUCGUAUAAAU